AUGGAUGAAUGUGAACGUGUUUGUAAUCGUUUGGGUAUUAUGGUUCGUAGACAAUUCGCUUGUUUAGGAACAAUUCAACAUUUAAAAUCAAAAUUUGGUCAAGGUUAUACAAUUGAAAUAAAAAUUCGUUCAACAUCGGAUUAUACAAUCAUGACAAAUAUUCAAACAUUUUUUCUUGCACAAAAACAAUAUCAUUUUGAAGUGAAAGAAAUAACACAAUCAACAGGAAUCUUUCAAAGUCUUCGAAGUACACCAGCAGAAUUAUUUCAAUUUCUUGAAGAGAAUAAACAACGAUUAAAUAUUGGAACAUAUACAAUUUCCCAAACAACACUUGAACAGAUAUUUUUAUCAUUUGGAAAAGAAUAA